AUGGUAAAUUUUGAAAGACUAUUCGAAAAUUUUGAGAACGUCGAAACGCCGCAACAGUGCGAACGCAUCGGGAAUGCUCCGUUAUGGCUUCACGGGACAAUGCUCCGAAACGGUCCAGGAAUGUUCAAAAUUGGCGAUACGGAGUAUAAACAUUGGUUUGACGGAUUGGCCUAUAUUCAACGUUAUCAUUUUGCUGAUGGAAAGAUGUAUUACUCUGCUCGAUUUCUUGAAAGUGAACAGUAUAAGGAAAGCAUGAAAGCGCAACGAAUUAUCUACACUGCAUUUGGCACGAGAUCAUUCCCGGAUCCAUGUAAAAAAUUAUACGGCAGUCUAUCCACAUCAUUUUCGCUCAAUGAAUCAAGAGAUAAUUGCAACGUCGCCUUCACCACCGUUGGUGACGGUGUGUACGCAUUAACGGAAACAAAAAACCUUGUUAGGAUAGACAUCGACUCGUUAGAUUACGAAGAAAAGGUGAAUAUCUGUGACCUUCUGAAGAUCACCUUACACACCUAUACAGCGCAUUGCCAUUCGGAUACGGAUGGAAAUAUCUGGAAUAUUGGUAGCCAGUUCGGACCAACUUCAAACUAUAUAUUUGCCAAGACAGUGAAUCCACUGCAUAUCAAAGGGUCAUCAAAUUCCCAUAGCAUGGAAGGCACCGAACUUCUAGGAAUGAUUCCGGCGACAGACCCUUUGUCACCUUCUUAUUAUCACUCAUUCGCAGUUACUGAAGAUUUUUUCGUUCUUUUCGAAACUCCCGAAAGAAUAGAUGUUUGUAAACUUGUGGGCAGAGACACAUCAAAAAUGUCGUUGAACGAAUGCAUGUUCUGGGAUGAGAAUGCCGGUGUUGACGUUAUCAUAUUUGAUCGGAUCACUCGCAAAAAAGUCGAUCGAAAGGUGACGUCUGAUGCUUUCUUCACUUUCCACCAUGCGAAUGCUUACCAGAAAGAUGGAUACCUUAUCAUAGACUACUGCAAAAUCAUUAAUCCGGGAAAUUUCGACGAUCUCCUGCUGGAACAUAUGCGAGAUGGAACAUUUAGGACAAGAAACCCAAAUUUAGCCCCAUAUCUACAUAGAAUGAUCGUCCCAAUGCAAAUAAAUGAGAACAGCAAGCCCGGUGACGAUUUGCUAACGUGCUGCUCAUUUGCAAACGGUUGUAAGGCAAUACUGAAAGAAGAUGGGAGUAUACAUUGCACAGAUACAAGAAUGUGCGAUAUUUCGUUUGAAUUCCCGCGCUACUGUUACGAUCUUAACAUGAAAGAUUAUCGUUACGUUUAUGGUGCUUGCAUUCUGGAUAGCAAAUUAUUCAAGAACGGGGUGAGUAUGAGCACGAUCUUUCCUGAAAAUAAUCUGAUCGUGAAGGAUGGUCGUGUAGUUCAUAAUUGA